UCAGGGUACACUAUGGCGGCCGUGGCAAAAUAUUCGCCGUCUGCGUGCGAGAAGUGAGUGAUCUCGUUGUGCACGGGGGUACGGGGCCCGCGAGCCGAGUCGCGAACGGUAUUCGGUGUGUGUGCGCGCGCGCGCCUUGACGACGGACGGCCCGCCCGGAGCGCGAGCCGUCGAGUCGCCUGCCAGCCGGGCCAGGGUAACCGGGACUUACGCGCCGCGGCGAACGCUCGUCGACGUUUUCGUGCGCGCACCGCGACGACGACAAGCCGUCGGAGCGGCCCCGAUGCGGGUCGCGCGCGCUCGUCUCAGGGCAAAUGAUGACUUCGAUGCUGCCCAGCUUUAACCCGCCUAUCGUCAAGCGGCUGCUGGGCUGGAAGAAGGCCGAGAGCGAGGACAAAUGGAGCGAGAAGGCCGUUAAGAGCCUGGUCAAGAAGCUCAAGAAGUCCGCGGGCCUCGACGAGCUCGAGAAGGCCAUCACGACGCAGAGCUGCAACACCAAGUGCAUCACUAUACCUAGGCCUAGCCCGGGCGGUGUCGGCGACAACGGCGUUCAGGGUGUUCGCGGCAAGGGUCUGCCGCACGUGAUUUACUGCCGACUCUGGCGCUGGCCGGACCUGCAGUCGCACCACGAGCUGAGGGCGAUCGAGCACUGCGAGUACGCCUUCACCCAGAAGCGCGACGAGGUCUGCGUGAACCCUUACCACUAUCAACGAAUACAAACGCCAGUUUUGCCGGCCAUUCUCGUGCCGCGGCACAACCUAGCCAGCGACGAGAACACCGUUCUCUACAACACCUCCCUCGAGGAGCUCAGCGUCAGCGUGCCGGAGAACACGAGCUUCCACGCGACGUUGAAUCACCAGCACAAUCAGCAGCAGGGCAUACCGCAGUCCUCGCAGCAGCAGCAGCAGCAGCAGCAGCAGCAGCAGCAGCAGCAACAGCAACAGCAGCAACCAAAUAAUCCGUACCAAGGAAUGCAGAGCAUGCAGGCGACGAGUCCGGCGAGCGUCGGGAGCCUGGGAAGCGUGCAGGGCUCGCCCCAUCCCGCCCCAGGAUCCAUGGAUCCACCGGCGGAUACGCCGCCGCCGGGCUACAUCAGCGAGGACGGCGACAAUAUGGACCACAACGAUAACAUGUCCCUGUCACGCUUGUCGCCCAGCCCUGUAGACGCGCAGCCGGUUAUGUAUUGCGAGCCCGCGUUUUGGUGUUCAAUUAGUUAUUACGAGCUAAACACGAGAGUGGGCGAGACGUUUCACGCGUCGCAGCCGAGCAUAACCGUGGACGGUUUCACCGACCCGAGCAAUUCGGAGCGCUUCUGCCUCGGCUUGCUGUCCAAUGUGAAUCGCAACACGGUGGUCGAGCAGACUAGGCGACACAUCGGCAAGGGUGUCAGGCUUUAUUACAUCGGCGGCGAGGUGUUCGCCGAGUGUCUGUCCGACUCGAGUAUCUUCGUGCAGAGUCCGAACUGCAAUCAGCGUUACGGCUGGCAUCCGGCCACCGUUUGCAAAAUACCGCCAGGAUGCAAUCUGAAGAUCUUCAACAACCAGGAAUUCGCGGCGUUGCUGUCACAGUCGGUGUCGCAGGGCUUCGAGGCGGUGUACCAGCUUACGCGUAUGUGCACGAUCCGGAUGAGCUUCGUGAAGGGCUGGGGCGCGGAAUACCGCCGGCAGACGGUCACCUCGACCCCCUGCUGGAUCGAACUGCAUUUAAACGGGCCGCUGCAGUGGCUCGACAGGGUACUCACGCAGAUGGGCUCGCCCCGCCUACCCUGUUCCUCAAUGUCCUAAGUCUUUGCAUCCUCCAGCCGUUCGUGAAGGAAGAACACGUGAAAAUGCCCCUUUGUGCGCCGUCGUCGUCAUCGACGUCAUCGAUCGACCGAUCCAUUCGUUUCUUCGUCGCGUACGGUAUGUGAAAGUUGAAUUCGUUGUUCAGAGUUCCCUCGAACGAACGCUGCACAGUGACGCGUGCAAGAAGAAGGAGACGAGUUUUCCGCUACGAAGAUGCAGCUCGGCAGUUGGAAGAGAAUGAAGGCUCGGGCACAACGAUACCACAAAGUUUCCCUCGCGCCGGAACCGCGGGCAGUGGCUAUCCCGAAUCGUCGCGCGACCUAUCGCCGUGGCGACCAGUGAAAUGCGCGGACGAGGGGAUGCAAAAUUGAGAAAAACGGCGACUCGCUCGCGCGGCAGUAUAAAUAUUAUAGUAGAUAUAUUAAAGCUUGAUGUCCUACCACGGUUCGUUGUGAUCGAAGAGAGGAGACACGGUGACGCGCAAGGACGCGAACGAGACGCGCGGAGCUCCGCCUCGACGCUUUGUAUCGCGCGCAUGUGCACCGCAAUUGGCGUACAAGAUAUAUCCAGGGUGAUUAUAAUCCGAGUUUAGUCGAUUCGUAAUAAGAAACAAAAGGAAAAUGUGCGUGAGAGAGAGUGAGAGAGAGAGAGAGAGAGAGAGAGAUUUAUAUAUAUAAUAUGUAUAUAUAUGUAUACUGCGCGUUAAGAGAGCUCAGUCUUUUACAUAUUUUUAUUGCUUACGCAGGCAGACACAACUAUUACAGUCGUACUACAGUAUACGCCAAAUCUUUACCAGAUAUAAUAUACAUUAUACAUAAAAUGUAUGUGUGUGUGUUGACUUUAUUAAUCCGCUAUAGUGGAGGGAGUCCACGAUAUUCUAUAUCUACACGUACACGAAAGACAGACGGAAACACGUGCACACACCCACACACACACAUACACGCACCUACACACACACACACACACAUAUAUAUACAUACAUGUAUAUAUGUCAUGUUUUACGAUAUUUGUUAUGGAAGAUUACGAUAGCAUAUAUCGGCAGGAAUAUCCAAAAUUGCGUCGUAUAAGAUUUUUCAGUCGCGACAUAAUAUUAUCUAAAAUUAGUAUACAUACGUAUAUAUAUCAGGAAUACAUUGAUAUGUAUUUUCUAGUAAAUUAACACGCGCUAUACGACCCACUCGGACUAUGUACAUUUGAUGCUAUUGCUUAUGAAGAGUUUAAGCACAUUGAGUAUAUUCACCCUAUUGUUAUGUAUAUUUUCUUUGAUAACAGACGUAGACGUUUUUUUUAAAAAUGCAAGAUUUAUGCAUGGAGAAAUCUUAUAAUAUAUAUACAUAUUUAAUAUAUUUAAUUCAUAUGUUGUACGUUUCUUUUUCUUUUUUUUUUACUCUUUUUAGAUCUCUUGGACCAAAUGAAUAAAUUUUGCCUUGUCUAACGGUAAAGGUAACAGUA